UAGAAAGCAUUCAUCACAGUCUGAGAAAAGUUUGCGGAAAGAAAUGACAGUCAUACAGAUGUCAGAGCUGGAAGGGAAUGAAUGCUUUUCUAUGGAAACCCCACACUUUACAGAGAGAGGAAACCACGCUCCCAAGAAACGCCACUGUCCUGCAGUGCAAUUGACAAUCACAGUCAUAGCAGUUAUUCAUCCUGACACUGGCAUUCCUCCAGCUUUCACAGAGAGCCGAUUUUACAGAGGAAAACUGAGCCAUAGCCAGAUUUGCAGCCCAUCCCUUCACUCGGCUGUCCUCCCCAAAAAGCCAUGACAGAGCUGAGAUGACAUGGCAUCAGAGAGUACACCCCAUUUGGAGCUGAGAUAUUGCGCAAGGUUGUUUUUUAAAUCAGGGGACAUUCCACCUGCAAUCAGAAAUGUUAUCUGUUUUAUGCAACAUGGACCCUGCAGACUUUUUUUCUGCUAUUCUGGUGAGAAAAAAGCUGAAAUCUGCUCUGAUCCCUGGAAUAGGUGCUGCAUACCACAUACAGAGGAAGAAAAAAAUAAAAAAUACAAUAAACCAGAGAUGGAUGGCGGAUCUAGCACCUAAAAUGUAAGCUUCCAGAAGGCAGAUGGGAUCUUGAGGUAUCCUAAGGGCUUAGAAGAAUGUGUGGCUUGUAGUAGGUGCUCAAUAAAUAUUUGUUGAAUGACUCCAGUACCAGUGAUGAAGGUCUUAUAAAAGAUUUUUCCUAAAAGCUUACCUAGUUUGUCUUUUUCUGUUUGUUUUUUUUUUAAAGAGUCUCAGAGGGGCUUCCCUGGUGGUGCAGUGGUUGAGAGUCUGCCUGCCGA